AUGUCAACCUUCAAGAACAAAGUCACCAUCACCCACAUCGGCACCGCUACCGCCAUCCUCGACAUUGACGGCAUCACCUUCCUAACCGACCCCUUCUUCUCCCCUGCCGGCACCGGAUUCGAGUUCGCGGGCCGCAUCUGCAAAGUCCACGACGACCCAGCCCUCCAACUCGACCAGCUCCCCCACAUCGACGCGGUCCUCCUCAGCCACGAGAACCACGCCGACAACCUCGACCCUCCCGGCCGUCAGCUUCUCGACGGCAGGCGGGUGUUUACCACCGUCGACGGCGCAAACAACCUUGCCCCUCGACCCAGCGUAAUCGGCUUUAAGGACUGGGAGGAGCGCAAGGUUCGCGUUGCUGGAAAGAUAUUCACCAUCACAGCCACGCCUUGCAAACACUGGCCGGGGCAUGAAUGCGUCGGUUUCAUCGUCCACACAGAAGACUUUGGCGUUGCGGCCGAUGGGAAGCCGAAUGCCAUUUACUUCACUGGGGAUACCGUCUACAUCCCCGAGCUGGCGCGCAUGGCGGAGAAGUAUCACAUUGUUAUUGCUUUGAUGAAUCUAGGGAAGGCGACGUUUGAUGGGUUGCAGAUUACCAUGUGUGGGAAGCAAGGAGCACAGCUGUUUCGGGAUAUCAAGGCUGAUGUGCUGGUUCCUAUGCAUCAUGAGUCGUGGGAUCAUUUCACGCAGAAUGAGCCCGAGUUGGCAAAGGAGCUUCGGGAGGAGGGGGUGUUGGAUUCGGUGCGGUGGCCUAAGCCUGGGGUGCCAUUGGAGCUUUAA